AUGAAGCACAGAUAUUAAAAUGAGAAUUGUUAAAAUAUUCUUUAAACACAUCGAUCAGAAAGAUCCAGCAGCUCUAAUAUCUUUUAAGAUUUAACUAAUAAUAGUAUUUUCUUAAGAUAAAAAAAAGAAGCUCAAUUAUUAUUUACCAAAAAAUCUACUAAAGGCAAUAAAAUAACUAAAAAUGAUGAAUAUUUAUUAAAUGUCAAUGAUAUUCAAUCAUAAUCUAGUAGAUUGUACAAACAAAAAAAAAUAUAAUAACUAAAAAUUUAGUUAUAAAGUUUAAAAUAGAAUUAUGAUAAAUAAUCAUAAUAAUAGUUUAAUCUAUAAAAAACGAUUGACAACACAAUUAAAAAGUUAUUGGAACUCAAAUCUUAAAUUAAUAUAAAUCUUAUUGAGGAACCAUGGUAAGAAAUAAUAAAAAUGGAAAAAGAUAUAUAUGGUAAUGAAGAGAAUAUAAUUAAAUUAAUGCCUCUUCAAAAUUUCAAUGAAGUAAUAUCAGGCCAUUAAUUGACCAUUCUAGAAUUGUUAUAUUAAUAGCAAAAUUUGCAACAAUAAAAUUAUUGGAUAGCAUAAAUGAAAUUAUUACAUGAAACAUUUAUCUAGAAAAACUUAACUAUAGGAUAAAUUCUCAAACCUAAAGAGAUCCCAGAUAAUUUAGAAAAAUCAAUCGAGAUCUCAUAUGAAGAAAUUACUUAAUCAUUUGGUAAAAAAUGCUGA